GUGGACACGGCAGCCCUUCUAUGCUACAGCAGACCCUUGGGAAUUAUCCACAGACUAUAUUUCACCUUGCUGUAGCACAGCCAUAAAACCCCUGACACUUGGGGUUUAAAUCAAGACAAGGCAUUCUGCUUAUGUAUAAUUUAAAUGCUUCCAACUCUGAGUAACUGUGUUUCAAUCAGAGUCCAUGUAUCAGAAGCCCAUUAGAUUUAUCUGUCUGACAUGACUGGAUAAAUUAACCAGGAUAAAUGAUCUAACCAUGCAGACAUGUCUCUUGUCAAGUUUAGCCCAAGUGAUCUUCUUUGUUAUUUUUCAUUGACAUUGUCUGUGAGAUCAAUUGUACCCUUGAUUCUCAAUCCCAGUUAUUUACAGUUUUGCUAUAUUUCAUGUCAGCAGUUGUUAUGAAUCAUAAUGAAUGGCUUUGAAAAUAUAGGCUAGUGUUAUGGAGCUGGUUAGAUGGAGUGUUGGUGCGAAUAGAGCCUCUCUUAAACUGGGAAGGAGAUCUUAGUCAGUAGCUGUGGUUUGAAUUAGACGUGACCUCUAGCAGUGGGAUUGAUUUACUGUAUGAUUGUCUCUCUGUCACACACAUAUGUCCUUCAUCCAUCAUAGGCUGGAAUGGGCUGAUUCAGUAGGAAGGGCCUGCUGAGUGAGUGGGACCUCAGCUUAGACCUCCGCCUCCCUUUUACAUUGUGCACAACAAGUCUGACAUGUAUUUAGGAGGAUAGGCUAUAGGUCUCUUGGUUGUUUUCUCUUUGAAAUACCCAGAUUUUCUACAAUUUUCAUGAUGUUCGGACUAGGAAUGCAGGCCCAGGCUAUAUUUGAUGGUAUCGAGGAGCUGUGUUCUAAGAGGGAUGAGCUGAACCGUCAGAUCCAGCAGGAGGAGGAGGAGAAGGGUCGUCUGCAGCACGACAUCCGUGUCCUCACCGAGAAACUAAGCCGCGUCAACGAGAGCCUGGCCCGACGACUCUCCGUCCGCGCUGACUUUGACCACACCAUCGGCGAGACCGAGGGUGCCUUUAUGAAGAUUCUGGAGAGCUGUCAAACACUGCUGAGUGUAAUAAAAAAGGAAGCAGGAAAUCUCGGCAAAGCCACUGAACCCAGAAGGAAAGACCACUGACGUCCAGACUACCGCCCCUAAACCUUACCUCUCACCCAGACACCAGCAUUUCCCCUCACCCUUGUAACUGUGCACUGUUUGUACACUGAACAAAAAUAUAAAUGCAACAUGCGACCAUUUCAAAGAUUUUACCGAGUUACAGUUCAUAUAA